GUGAGCGUGGUGGCGAUGAGGCUGAACCUGACGUCGGGGCUGGUGCCGUCGCUGGGCGUCCCCGCGGGGCUCCUCGGGUUCUUCAUGGCGCGGGCGUGGAUCCGGGUGCAGGACGUCUUCGGGGUGCCGCACCUGCCCUUCACCCGCCAGGAGAACGCCCUCAUCCAGACCGCCGUCGUCUCCUGCUCCUCCAUCGCCUUCACCGGUGGAUUUGGAACAUACAUUCUUGGGAUGAGUGCCAAAUCAGCCACUGAGCGGCACAUUGGCAAUGAAGGCAAGAACAUGGAUGAGCCAAACAUUGGGCGGUUGAUUGCCUUCCUCUUCCUCGUCAACUUUGCCGGAUUGUUCAUCAUAAUACCGCUCAGGAAGAUGAUGAUCAUCCGCCACCGGCUCACAUUCCCAAGCGGCACCGCAACGGCUCACCUCAUCAAUAGCUUCCACACCCCCCAUGGCGCCAAGCAAGCAAGACAACAAGUAGGGACGCUAUUAAAGUCCCUCGGUGCAACAGUAUUGUGGCCUCUUUUCCAGUGGUUAUUCACAGGAGGAAAGAACUGCGGCCUUGAGGCCUUCCCUACCUUUGGCAUGUUGGCAUAUCAGCGUGGGUUCUACUUCGACUUAUCGACGACAAACGUCGGCAUCGGCAUGAUCUGCCCGCCGAUGAUCACCGCCUCCAUGCUCGCUGGCUCCGUCGUCUCGUGGGGCAUCCUCUGGCCGUACAUCGAGACGAAGGCCGGGAGGUGGUUCCCGGAGAACCUCGACGCCAACGACCUCGGCGGCAUCAUGGGCUACCGCGUGUUCGUCGGCGUUUCCAUGAUCCUCGCCGACGGCCUCUUCACCUUCCUCUCCUCGCUGGUCCGCACGGCCAACGCCAUGCGCAAGCGGCGACGCGGCUGCGGUGGCCACGCCAGAGCUUCGACGACGACGUCAGCGGCGGCGCCGCCGUUCCAGUGCCUCAGCGCCACCGAGCGGACCAUGCAGACCUUCGACGAUCGGCGGCGGGCGCAGGUGUUCCUCCGGGACAGGUUGCCCGCCUGGGUCGCCGUCGCGGCAUACGUCGCCCUGGCUGCCAUCUCCACCGCCGCCGUGCCGCGCCUGUACCCGCAGCUCGGGUACCGCCACGUCGCGGCCGCCUACGUCGCCGCGCCGGUGUUCGCCUUCUGCAACGCGUACAGCGUCGGGGUCACCGACAUGAACCUGUCGGCGACGUACGGCAAGAUCGCCAUGCUGGUGUACUGCUCGUGGGUCGGGAUCGACGGCGGCGGCGUCGUGGCGGGGCUCGCGGCGUGCGGGAUCAUCGUCAGCGCCGUCUCCGGCGCGUCCGACUUCAUGCAGGACUUCAAGACGGGUUACUUGACGCUCACCUCGCCACGCGCCGUGCUCGUCGGCCAGGUCGCCGGCACGGCGCUUGGCUGCGUCGUGAAUCCUGCCAUCUUCUGGGUCUUCUACAAGGUGUACAACAUGGCCGGCGGCGGCGCCGCCGCCGACGACGACGACGUCGCGCCCUACGCGAGAGCAUACCGCGGCAUCGCCAUGCUAAGCGUCGGCCGGCACGGGCUGCCGGAGCACAGCCUCCUCCUCUGCAAGCUCUUCUUCGCCUUAGCCCUCGUGCUGAGCGCGGCGAGGGAGGCGGCGGAGCGGAGGCGUUGGCGCGCGGUGCGGUACAUCCCGAGCACCGUCGGCGUGGCCGUGGCGUUCUUCGUGCCACCGAGGAUACCCGUGGGCAUGGCGGCGGGCUGCCUGGCGCUGCACGUGUGGAGGACCCGCGUCGACGCCGGCGGCGCCGGGCUGCUUUCGCCGGUGGUGGCGUCGGGGCUCAUCUGCGGGGACGGGCUCGGGUCGCUGAUGUCGUCGAUGCUGACGCUGCUCGGAGCGCGGCCUCCGAUCUGCGUUAAGUUCUUGUCUCGCUUUCAGAACCAGAAGCUGGACGCUUUCCUCACAACACUACGCGCCUCCUAG